AUGACCGAAAACGCAGACAACACAGCCCAGCCCGAAGCAGGCGGAGCGGCAGGCCUCGCCACAGCCCCAAUUCAAAACACACCCAGCAAAUCAGAGGAGGAGUCAGAUGUGCAACAAGUCCUGGAUGAAGACGGAGAUGACGACAGAAAAGCUCAUGUGGCUCGUUACAAUAACAAUAUCCCUUUUCCUUUCGAAAUUGGAGAGACUGUCUGGAUCAUCCAGCCAGGCUACCGCGCACCACGAGGGGAAUUCCGCAUUACAAAGGUCCAUCCGGAUGACCUAUUUGAGCUUGUUGAUUGUGCAACCAACAUUGCGCACCCAGAUUUGGUGGAGGGCCAGUAUUUGAGGCGUGAUAUUUAA